AUGGACAGCAACAAAAAGGACACGAGUAAGUCGCCCUCACAUUCCAACAGCUCUUCACCUUCAUCUUCCUCUCUGUCUUCAUCUUCCUCUAAAGAGAAAAAACGUCCUAAGAGACUAUCCUCCCAGAAUGUAAAUUAUGAUCUGAAGAAGAGAAAAAUCAUUACUUCUGAUACUGCGGAAAAAACGUUUGGUAACGAGCACAAUAACUUUUCGCUUGAAGAAAAUAUUAUGGAAGAAGAACCCAAGGAACUUCUGGAAAAGGAUUCUAAGGGCAAUAUCAUCAAACUAAAUGAACCGCCAACUAUUUUGGAAGAUUCAAAGACAUCUAUCACCGGACUACCGUUGAAUAAAGGGCCCUCUGAAAAAAUCAAGCGAGAGUCUCUUUGGAAUUAUAGGAGAAAUCUAGCAGGCCAAUCAAACAAUUCGGAAAUGGCAUUAGUUCCCAAUAAAAAAAUUAUUCAAGUGCCUAAAAACUUCCAAGAUUUAAACAAAAGUGAUCUGCAAACAUUUUUGACCCAGAAUAUAACAGAAGAGAGCAAUAUAAGAUCAACCAGUGGCUGGAUGAGCGACAUAAUAGAUAUGAAUCAUGAACAGGAACACGAUGGCGACAAUGAUAAUAAGAAAUUAUCUAAUGUUAGGACCAAAAUAAUACUUUCAUCAAACGCUACUUAUGAUUCAAAGAGUAAGCUUUUUGGUCAAAACUCUAUCAAGUCAAUUGUCAAUGCAAGUGAAAAAAUUUUCAAGGACGAAAACGACUCAACCAUAAAUUUUGAAAAUGAAGAUUUUUGUUCGGCUUGCAAUCAGUCAGGUUCAUUCUUAUGCUGUGAUACUUGCCCCAAAUCCUUUCACUUUCUUUGUUUGGACCCACCGGUUGAUCCAAAUCAUUUACCUGAAGGUGAUUGGCAUUGCAACGAAUGCAAGUUCAAAAUCUUCAUAAAUAACUCGUUGACAACCCUGAAGAAAAAUGAAUCUAAUUUCAUCAAGCAAAACGACAACGUGAAGAUGUUUGCUAAAUUACUUUUUAGAAUCGAGUCAUUGAACCCAAGGCAAUUCCAGUUGCCUAAUUAUAUAAAAGAAACCUUCCCUGCUGUGAAAACGGGAUCCAGAGGUCAAUAUUCUGAUGAGAAUGAUAAAAUUCCGUUAACCGAUAGACAACUAUUUAACACUUCCUACGGUCAAAGCAUAACCAAACUAGACUCCUACAACCCAGAUAUACACAUAGAUUCGAGUUCAGGUGAAUUUUUAAUCUGUUACAAAUGCCAUCAAACAAGAUUAGGUUCUUGGUCUCAUCCCGAAAAUUCAAGAUUAAUAAUGACGUGUGAUUAUUGUCAGACUCCGUGGCACCUGGAUUGUAUACCGAGAGCCUCAUUCAAAAACUUGGGUUCAAAAUGGAAAUGUCCACUACAUUCACCCACCAAAGUUUACAAAAAAUCACAUCGCCAUCAAGAAGUCGAUAAUACAAAUUAUAAAGUUUGGAAGAAACAACGGUUAGCUAAUAAGAAAAAUCGGAUUUAUUACGAACCCUUACAAAAAAUAGGCUAUCAGAAUAGUGGCAAUAUUCAAAUCAUGCCAAACAUUAGUGAUGCUGACUACAAAUUCAAUCAAGAUUUCAGAAUUACUCAGGUAGACGAAAACUCCAUUAAGUACGAUUUUUUUGAUAAAAUUUAUAAAUCGAAAAUGGUCCAAAAGAGGAAACUUUUCCAAUUUCAAGAAGAUUUGAUUGAUAAACUAGUACUAAAUGCACAUCAGAAUGGCAAUACUGAAGAUAGCAUGAUCACAGAUGUAGCCUCUUUGAUAUAUUUUCAAAUAAGUAACCGCAACGACGACAACGACAACAGCAACAACAAACCAGCUCCCAAAAGGAAUAACUUACAAAAAUUAUGGGAUCUAAAGGAAUUGACCAGUGUGGUUGUUCCAAAUGAACUGGAUUCCAUACAAUUUAAUGACAUUUCCAACAAUGAAAUAAAAAAUCUACUAUACUUUAAAAAAAUAAUCGAGUCCAAACCAAAGGAUGAACUGUUAAAAUUUUUGAACUUGAAAAAUGCUGAAAGUUAA